AUGGUGGAUGGUAGAGAGGUGAUCAAGCAAAAGAGUCAAUGGGAUGUCAAUAAUAUGAAGAUGGCUCAACUCAAUGCCAAAGCAAUGCAUACACUUUUUUGUGCAUUGGGGCCUAAUGAGUAUAAUAGAAUUUCUUUGUGUGAAAAUGUAAAGGAAAUUUGGGACAAGUUGGCAAUCACUCAUAAAGGUACCAAUCAAGUGAAAGAGACCAAAAUUGGCAUGCUCACUCAUGAUUAUCAGUUAUUCAAGAUGAAAUCAAAUGAAACUGUUAGUGAAAUAUCAAACCGCUUCACCAACAUCAUUAAUGGUUUAAAUGCUCUUGGGAAGACUUACUCAAAUGUGGAGGUGGUGAAGAAAAUUCUAAAUAGUCUACCAAAGAGCUGGGAAGCUAAAGUGAUAGCCAUUGAAGAGUCCCAAGAUUCUCACACGCUUUUUUUGGAUAAACUCAUAGGCUUUUCCUUACCUAUGAGUUGA